UCAGAUGCUCCUUGCACGGCAGACGAGAGACUACUCACACACACACAGGAAUGUGGAGAGCAGCCAUGGCUGAGCGGAGCCGCUACUUCUCCUUCUCCUCAGUGCGCGUGCUUUCCGCCGUGGCCGCCUGCGUGACACUCAUCCACUUCUCCGACGCCAUUCCCUGGACUCAAGAAAAGCUCCAGCACCGAGCCAUCACGCUAACACAGGAUGAAAUCCGCACGGCGCUGUCUCACACCGAUCUGGACACGAUGUGGCAGAGCUACCUGAGGCCGCUCCUGAUCACCAGGUACCCGGGCUCUGAGGGCAGCCGCACUGUGCAGGAGCAUAUCAAAACCACCCUCGGUUCCCUCGGAGCAGGCUGGGAAGUCACCGAGGACAAGUUCAUGUCACAAACGCCCUACGGCAGUCGGCCCUUCACCAACAUAAUCGCCACCCUCAACCCGUCGGCCAAGCGCCGCCUGGUUCUGGCCUGUCACCACGACAGCAAAUAUUACCCGCCACAGUGGCACGGGGUGGAGUUCCUCGGUGCCACAGACUCCGCAGUUCCCUGUGCCAUGAUGCUGGAGUUGGCACGAGCUCUGGAUGAAGAGCUGAAGGAUCAGAAGAGCUCCAGCUCCAAACUGACCCUGCAGUUGAUCUUCUUUGAUGGAGAGGAGGCUUUUUUCCACUGGAGCCCCAUAGAUUCCUUGUACGGCUCUCGCCACCUGGCCCAUAAGAUGGAACACACCCCUCACCCAGCCGGGGCCACAGACACCAACCAACUCCACGGCAUAGAUCUGUUUGUGUUGUUGGACCUGAUUGGAGCUGCUGAGCCACGCUUUGGCUCUUAUUUCCCCAACACAAAAGUCUGGCUCUCCAAACUGCAGAACAUUGAAAUACGUCUUCACUUAAUGAACCAGCUGGAGAAUCAUCCUGACCGAGUGCAGUAUUUCUGGCCUGAACAUUCCCUUGGCCGCGUAGAAGACGAUCACAUACCAUUCCUAAAAAAAGGCGUGCGCGUCGUCCACCUCAUCCCCUCCCCCUUCCCGUCAGUGUGGCACACGUUCGAUGACAACGAGCGGAACCUGGACCGCUCCUCCAUCCAGAACCUCAACAAGAUCGUACAGGUCUUUGUCCUGGAAUACCUCAACACAAGACCGGCCGUCCCUCCAGACCCCUCAGACCCCUCAGACCCACCGCCCCCUUCACACCCAUAAAGAGUCCUGUUCAUUCCCAGCAUGCAACUCUGUGUCUGUUAACGUCUCACUGUAAUAAUAUUAGUGAUAUUUUAUAGACUGGCAUUUAAAUACCAGCAAAAAAAAAAUCAUAUGAAAUAUGUUUCAUUUUGAUUAAAAAAGAUGUUUAAGUUAA